AUGGAUGACUGGGAUGCUCAAAAAAUGCUUGACGUGUAUAUUCACGAUUACAUGGUCACAAACAACAUGCACACAGUUGCUGAUAUUUUCGCUAGAGAGGCUGAAGUUAUUCCAAAUGCUGAUGCAAUCGAUCCUCCAAAAGAAUUUUUAACAGACUGGUGGUCCUUAUUUUGGGACGUAUAUUGUGCUAGAACUGGAACUGCAAGGCAUCCUGAGACCCUAGGAGCAUCCUCAUCUAAGGAUAUUCAGACAACACAAAAUGUGCCAACAAAUUUCAAUCCUACAAUUUCAAGGCCGGAUUUGAGUCAUAUGCUGCAGGACGAUUUUAAUGAAAGAAACGAAGUAAAACAAAUUCCAUCGCAAGGAUAUUUGCCUUCAACUCACUUUGCAACUACUGAAGCCCUUCUCCAACAAGAUUUUACGCCCAAUUUGGCAGUACAAACAUCAGGAAAACUGGAAUUGUCAGCCUCUAGAAAUUCAACCAAUGCGGGCAAUCCUAUCCUCAUUGAUGACAGUUUAAAUUGCAAAAAAUUACAAGUACUGAUUUGGAAUCUGGAAUCUCGUUCAUCGAAAAUUAUAAAAGCACGUUCGCAUAUCAUUUCAGACAUCCGUUUCAAGCCAAAUUCAACUGUUUUUGCAACAUCUUCAUUUGACAAAAACGUGCAAGUAUGGGAUGCUGUCAAGCCGGCAAAAUCAAAUUCUAUGCUCGUCGGGCAUGCUAAACCUGUGAUGUCAUUGGAUUUCCACCCAGCAAAGGUCAAUAUCCUCUGCUCUUGUGACGGAAAUGAUGAGAUUCGAUUGUGGAAUGUCAAUGAAUCUGCUUGCAUUCUCGCCUUUAAGGGAGCAAAUAGACAAGUUAGAUUCCAACCUCGAUCUGGGAGCCUUUUGGCUGCUGCAACAGGAAAUGUUAUCAAUAUGAUUGAUGUUGAGACUAGCACUGUCAAGUACCGGCUAGAGGGACAUGCCGAAGAUAUUUGCUCGAUGUGUUGGGAUACCAGUGGCAGAUUCAUGGCUUCUGUCAGUGAAGAUUGUGCACGCAUAUGGUCAAUUGCAGCAGGUGGAAAGUCCGUUCAUCAGUUGCAGUCCACUGAAAAUAAAUUUAUGUCCUGUACAUUCCAUCCCGUCUAUUCACUAGUCCUAGCUAUUGGUUCUUACCAGUCACUUCAAAUCUGGAAUCCAAUGGAUGGCGGCAAAAUUUGGAGCCAUCGCGCGCAUGAGGGUAUAGUUUCUGCGUUGACAAAUACGUAUGGGACUCACAGGAUUGCCUCAGUGAGCCAUGAUUCGUGGAUGAAGGUCUGGAAAUAG